AUGAGGAAAUGUGACAAUUGGACUCAUCUUUUCACAGCCAAGCUUGUCCAGAGUCCAGAGAAAGGGAGUUUCUGCAUUACUGAAGCUCUCAUCGCUAAGCGGAACUUGACCUUUCCUGAGGAUGAAGAACUGUCAGAGAAGAUGUUUCAUACUCUUGCUGAGCUACAGACUGUCCGCCUAGACCGGGAGGGGAUUACCACUAUCAGCAAUCUACAGGGCCUCCAGAAUCUUCACAGCCUCUAUCUGCAAGCGAAUAAGAUCCAGCGAAUUGAGAACCUGGCUUGCGUCCCCUCCUUGCGCUUUCUAUCUCUGGCAGGAAACCAAAUCAGGCAGGUGGAAAACCUCAUUGGCCUCCCGUGCCUCCAGUUUCUGGACCUUUCUGAGAACCUGAUUGAAACCCUUAAGCUGGAUGAGUUUCCCCAGAGCCUUCUCAUCCUCAACCUGACUGGAAACAGCUGCACUAACCAGGAUGGCUACCGGGAGCUAGUGAAAGAAGCCCUGCCGCUGCUGCUAGAUCUGGACAGGCAGCCAGUGCCGGAGCGCUGGGCCUCGGACGAGGAAGAUGAACCCUCAGGCAAUGAGGAUGAGGAGUUCCCAGAGCUGAGUGGCCCCUUCUGCUCAGAGCAAGGCUUCCUCCAUGAGAUAGAGCAGGAGAUGAGCAGGCACCGGGCACACAGGCAGCAGGCAGCCCUGACAGAUCACCUUCUGAGGAUGGAGACACAGCCCACACUCACAGACCUGCCCCUGCUGCCUAGGGUGCCCAUGGCUGGGGACAGCAGCCCUUCUGUCACUCCCAAGCAAAGGAAAGAGACACUCCCUGAGGAAGCCUCCUCACCCCAGGCCUCCUCACCCACCAAGAAACCAAGCACUCUGCUUCUCAGGGGCCAGCAAAGCUCUGUCCAGGCAAGGAAGGGGGCUCAAACAGCUGUAGCCCCCAAGGCUUCUCAGGUUGGGGUUCGCAACACAACCAAAACUACAAGCAAGAGAAUCAAGAAAUGAUUCUCUGUUGGCCUGUGCUACAAGUAGAGUGGAGUGGGGCCUGCCCUCCUUCUCAGACUGUGGCAGGAGCCCAUCCCCAAUAAAGUGUCUCUAGGCUUUGAAUACACCUUUUGUGUCAUUUGGGGGCAUUUCAGGGAAAGCAACCAAUAAAACCACCAGAAAACAGAAAAUGAUUCUAUAGACCAAGUUUCU